CUGUCUAUGUUUCUCUCGUGGUUACCGCGGCCUCUUCUUCAGUGGUUUGCUUGCUUCUUAUCCGUCGGUCGUUGCUGCUCAUCCUCCAAUCAAAGCUGAUUUCUCUUCCAGCUCCCUCCCUCCAAGUCCGAGGCCACGGCCGAUCAAGGACCCUGCCCCCAUGAGGCUGAUUGUCCCGCUGCAAGGGGUCGUGCAGGGCCGUGGGGGCCUCCUCAUGGGCUCCCUCAUCCCCUGCGCCCUCUUCUACUUCCUCCAGCUCUACCUGAAGAAGCGCCACCGCUCCCCCAAGCCUCGCUCCCCAUCUGUGUCUCCUUCUCCCUCUUCCUCCAACCUCGCCGAGCUGCCCCGGUCCGCUUCGCGGUCCAACCUCUCGUCCCGGGGGUCCAUCGGGCCCGCUCGGACCUCGAACAGGGCCACCUCCAUCGCUAAACCUAAUACGUCCCCUUACUAUGUCGGUUUGGAUAGGGUGUUGGAGGACCCUUAUGAUCGUGUGCAUUAUCCCGACGGGAUUAUCCAGCUGGGGUUAUCUGAAAACAGGUUGUGCUUGGAUUUGAUUGACGAAUGGAUGUCUGAGAACCUAAACAAUUCGGUGAUCAGAGGAGAUGGUGGCGAUCUGGGCAUUGCUGGCUUAGCAACUUACCAGCCCUCAGAUGGACUAGUGGAAUUGAAAGUGGCUAUGGCAAGUUUCAUGUCCAAGGUUGUGAGCAAAGAAGUUUCAUUCAAUCCAUCACAAAUUGUAAUAACAUCAGGUGCCACACCCGCUAUUGAGAUAUUGUGCUUUUGCUUGGCAGACCAAGGGAAUGCAAUUCUUGUUCCUACUCCAUAUUAUCCCGGUUUUGACCGAGAUAUGACAUGGAGAACAGGAGUUGAGCUUAUUCCAGUCCAUUGUCGAAGCACUGACAAUUUCAUCCCAAGCAUCACAGCUCUUGAUCAAGCUUUCAAUCAAGCAAAGAAACGGGGUUUACGAGUCCGAGGGAUUCUCAUCUCUAAUCCUUCAAAUCCUGUAGGGAAUAUGCUACCAAGGGAAACACUCUACAGUCUCUUAGACUUUGCACGUGAGAAAAACAUCCACAUCCUCUCCGAUGAGAUAUUUGCAGGGUCCACACAUGGGAACGAGGAAUUUGUUAGCAUGGCUGAAAUUGUCGGUGAGGAAGAGUUUGAUAAGGACAGGGUUCAUAUUAUUUAUGGUCUGUCAAAGGAUCUUUCUAUUCCAGGCUUUAGAGUAGGGUGCAUUUACUCUUUUAACGAGACUGUCUUGGCUUCUUCGAAAAGGAUGGCAAGAUUUUCUCCUGUUUCAGCUCUGACCCAAAGGUUACUGGUCUCACUGCUUUUGGACACGAGGUUUAUUACUAAAUAUUUGGAGACAAAUAGGAGGAGGAUUCGACAAGUGUAUGAUUUGUUCGUGGCAGGUUUGAAGGAAUUAGGGGUCAAGUGGACAGAGGGCGGCGCAGGUUUGUUUUGUUGGGUGGAUAUGAGUGGACUUAUUCGGUCGUACAGUGAGAAGGCAGAACUCGAGCUAUUUGAUAGGCUGCUGAAUAUUGCCAAGAUCAAUGCAACUCCUGGUUCAGCUUGCCACUGUAUAGAACCAGGCUGGUUCCGUUGUUGUUUUACUACUUUAAGUCUGGAGGAUGUUCCAGUUGUAAUAGAAAGGAUUCGUAGAGUUGCAGAAAUAUGUAAAUCUCCCAGAUGAACAAACAAGCAGAAAAGCGGCUGUUAUAUUUUCUGUUCUUUAGGAGGGAAAUUAUUUCAGAUAUCAAUUAUUGGAGUACAUUUGCA